UUUUUUUUUUUUUAAGACAGCAUCUCGCCCUGUCUUCCAGGCUAGAGUGCAGUGGUGUGAUCAUGGCUCACUGCAGCCUCCACGUUCUGGGCUCAAGCAGUCCUCCCACUUCACCCGCCGAGUAGCCGGGACUACAGGCAUGCAUCACCAUGCCCAGCUAAUUUUUUAUUUAUUUAUUUAUUUGUAGAGACUGGGGUCCCACUAUGUUGCCCAGGCUGGUCUUGAACUCCUGGACUCAAGCAAUUCUCCCACCUUGGCCUCCUAAAGUGCUGGGAUUACAGGCAUGAGCCGCCGUGCCCAGCCAGGUCUUCAUUUUUUUGUUCAAUCUGACGUUUCUGCCUUUUUAUUAGAAUAUUUAACUUCCAUUUAAUUGCUGUCAUUGUUGAAAUUAAUGUCAUUGUUGGUAGUUUUGGGUUUAGGUCUAUCUUUUGACAUUGGUUUUCUUUUUUCCCCUCAAUUUUUUUGUUCCUUUGGCAGCUUACAUUUCUAUUUUUUGGCACCUUAAGUCAAUCAGAUUGUGCCAAGUUCUGGCCCUCUCCCGGCCCCACACUGCCUUCCAACCUCACAUGAGGGCAGCUGGGGGGAGGCAGGAGACCUCUCCGUGUGGUGUCCCUUUAAAGGGCUGAUGGCCUCCAGUUUCUGUCCACUUUUUCAGGUGCUCUGUAGUGCCUUCAAAUAGAUUUUUAAAAAUACUCUGCCUGGAGUUUAUCAUUUUUAUCUGUGGGAGAUGAUUUAAUCUAGCUCAUUACCAGAUGCUGUCAUGGCUGCAACCAGAAACUGACCUGACUGGCUGUACUGAGCCACAGUGCAGGCUUAGAAAAAGUGGCUUGUCACACCCAUCUCAAUUUCUGCCUACUGUCUGAUAGGGCAUAUUGAUGGAGCUGCCUGUGUCCUCCAAACAGAACAGGGGCAAGAGGAAAGGGUAAGAAGAGACAGAAGCACUGACAUGAGUGCUUCUGAUGAUAGGAGAGAAUGUGGAUUUAUGGGAUCACUCAUAAACUGUUGCAGGAAGUGCAGAUGAGCACCAACACUUUUGAAAUGAGUCUGGCAGGAUCUAUGAAAGCUGAACUUUUGUAUUCCGAAUACACUUCCACUCCUAAGUAUCUAUCCCAGAGUGUCCAGAGCAACAUUGUUUGUAAUAAAAAACAAAACCUGGAAGCAUCUCAAGUGCCUACCAGCAGGAGGAUGGCUACACUGCCAUACGUUUUCACAAUGGACUAUGCAUAACAAUACUUCCCCACAGCCACACAUGGCAACGUCAAGAAGUCUCUGCUGAGUGGAAAAGCAAGUCUCAAAAGAUUGCACAGAGUAUGCUGCUCCUGUUUGUUUUAUAUAGUGCAAAAACAACCAAAACUAAACAAAACAUUGUUUAGGCAGUCAUAUAUAUGUGAUCAAACUACUUUCAGAAAGAGCAAAGGGAUAAUAAACAUAAAAUUCAUUUUUUUUUUUUUUUUUUUUUUUUGAGACGGAGUCUCGCUCUGUCGCCCAGGCUGGAGUGCAGUGGCGCAAUCUCAGCUCACUGCAAGCUCCGCCUCCUGGGUUCAUGCCAUUAUCCUGCCUCGGCCUCCUGAGUAGCUGGAACUAUAAGCGCCCACCACCAUGCCCGGCUAAUUUUUUUGUAUUUUUAGUAGAGACAGCGUUUCACCGUGUUAGCCAGGAUGGUCUCGAUCUCCUGACCUUGUGAUCUGCCUGCCUCGACCUCCCAAAGUGCUGGGAUUACAGGUGUGAGCCACCACGCCUGGCACAUAAAAUUCAAACCAGAGGUUACCUGGAGGGAGAGAGGCAGGGAGGAGCACGUGGAUAGACAUAUAUUCAGAUUAUUAGAUAUCAGGUUUACAGAUAUUCAUUUUAUUAAGAAGGAAUUAAUCAAUAAAACACAAGAGAGAAAAGAGGGUCACGCAUCUACCAAAUAUGACAUGAAGGGUUUUGAUUAGCUAAAAAUGGACAGUCAAGAAGGCAGAGGGUCAACAGAUGUAGAUGGCCAUCAGUUAAAAAGACAGGCACUCAGGUCCAGCUCUAGGAAGAGAAAUAAACUAACAGAUACCUAUGCAGGCAUUGGCAAAGCAAAGAGACUUUCCUUUCCUUUGUUGAGCUGAAGGCGAGGGUGGUGGAUUCCUGUUUGUUUUUGGAUCCCUGCCUUGCCUCACACCAGGACCCAGUGUGUGGUCCCACGUCCUUAGAUACGUAUGCCUGGUCAGGGUACUAGUCUCAAUUAAAAGCAACUGCAACAUCAUUCCCAAUCCAUAGUGCCCACGGCCAACAUAGAGGCUGAGGGUGAAGUUAAGAAGAAAAACAGGUGCGAGCUAACCCUAAAGAGCACAGUGGCACUCCUCCGCGGCCUCUGCUCCAACCCAGGUGUGCUCCGUGAGGCCACAGGUGAGACUCCCCAGAGGCCCGUUCCUAAUGGGGCCUACAAAGAAUGCACAAGGGAGGCUCAGAGACAUUUACAGUUAGGCUCAAAAUAACCGUGAGGGCCAGCUGUGCCUUCCAGCCGAGCCACCUCCAAAAUUCUAGGUGGGACCAUGGAUAGCGCAGCUUGCUACAGCCCAGCUAACUUCUCCAGGGAAAGUGAGGGUGGGAAAAAAUAAAUCACAAAUAUUUACUGUUGGCCAGGCACAGUGGCUCAAGCCUGGAAUCCAAGCACCUUGGGAGGGCAAGGUGGGAGGAUCCCUUGAACCCAGCUGUUUGAGACCAGCCUGAGCAACAGAGAGACUCUAUCUCUACAAAAAAAAAUUUAAAAAUUAGCUCGGCGUGGUGGCUUGAACCUGUGGUCCCAACUACUUGGGAGGCUGAGGUGGAGGGAUCGCUUGAGCCCACGAAGCCAAAGGCUGCAAUGAGCCAUGAUCAUACCACUGCACUCCAGCCUCGGUGGCAGAGUAAGAGCCUGUCUCAAAAAAUAAAAUAAAAUAAAUAUAUAUUUAUUGUUGCUUUAAAAAGCAGAAACAGGCUGGGUGUGGUGGUUCACACCUGUAACCCCAGCACUUUGGGCGGCCAAGGUGGGAAGACUGCUUGAGCCUCAGAGGUUGAGACCAGCCUGGGCAACAUGGUGAAACCCCAUCUCUAAUAAAAAUACAAAAAUUAGUGCUUCCUCCAGUCCGUGCCUCCAAUAUGAUGAAAAAAAGAAGGAACAACGGUCGUGCCACAAAGGGCCGCGGCCACGUGCAGCCUAUUUGCGACACGAACUGUGCCCAAUGUGUGCCCAAGGACAAGGCUAUUAAGAAAUUCAUCAUUGGAAACAAAGUGGAGGCUGCAGCAGUCAGGGACAUUUCUGAAGCGAGCGUCUUUGAUGCCUAUGUGCUUCCCAAGCUGUAUUUGAAGCUACAUUACUGUCUGAGUUGCGCAAUUCACAGCAAAGUAGUCAGGAAUCGAUCUUGUGAGGCCCACAAGGACUGAACACCCCUACUCCAAUUUAGACCUGCGGAUGCUGCCCCACAACCCCCACCAAAGCCCACGUAAGGAGUUGAGUCCUUAAAGACUGAAAACGGACUAUUCUCUCGAGAAAAAUAAAAUGGAAAUUGUACUUAAUAAAAAAAUACAAAAAGUAGCCAUGAGUGGUGACAUGCACCUGUGGUCCCAGCUACACGCAGGGGCUAAAGUGUGAGGAUCAUCUGAGCUUGGGGGGUUGAGACUGCAGUAAACUGAGAUCACAUCACUGCACUCCAGCCUGGGUGACAGAGUAAAACCUUGUCUCAAAAAAAAAAAAAAAAAAAAAAAAGUAGAAAUAUCGGCUAAAACCUGAGAGAUCUAUUUGACGUUGGCGGGGGGUGUGAUCUGGUGGAGCCAAGCAUUGUAGUUCUCCUCUCGGAAGUCAAACUGCGGAGAGCUUCACAGGGGCCGUGACAUACUCUACAGAUGAGAUGCACUGGACCAGCACCACUCUCGACAGGCAAUGUGUCCCAUAAACAUUACUUCUGUGGCCGUUAGAAAUCAAGGCCAAAUAUAUAUGCUGAAAGGUGAAAGCUCUCUGGUAGCAAAGGUCCCUGUUUCACGAGGUCCCUCUAAUUGGUCAUUGACUCUUGGCAGCUGUUGCCCAGCCUCUGCUGCUGGGGACGUGGAGCACAAUCUUCUGCAGGGUGCGGGCCUGGCCUUUGGUUUACUGACUGUGUCUAACACACACCUCCCGCUCACUGCCCUUCCUCACUCCCCUUCUAGUUAGUCAAGCCUUUCCCAGUCACUCUUACCACCUCCUUUCCUGGAAGCCAAUUCACAUUUGGGUCUCUGAUAAGAAUGAAGAUGCUAAUAAUUAAGAAUGUCCAGGAGUGCUUUGUAAUAAGUGCCCUUUCCUAUUCAUCACAUGCCAUAUAGACCCCAGGGUGCCUCCUGCUGACCUGGGAGGCUCAGAUGCAGCCAGAGGGCAGUGUCCUGCUCGGCAGACAGUGCACAACACAGGGCCAAGAAGAGCCGUCCUCCAGGGCCAUGCAUGCUGGCAUGACAGAGUUCUCAGACACAAUAGUAGACAGAUGCUUCUGGGUAUCAGGGCACGGGGCAGACAGAUCUUGAUCUAUGUUAAGUUAAAAUGGCUUAACCUUUGUUGGGGCACUCAUUAGGAACCUUUCUUUGUGAGCAAAACAGUCCAUCAAAAUUACUGAAAAUAAAGUGCUCUUGUCCAAAAUACUCUCAACAGUGUCUUAUUCUCUGGGAUGAAUGAGUAAUAUAUGUGAUAUAACAAACCUGCUUGCUUUCUUUCUCCAGAGCUUCUACAAAGCACUGCGUAAACACCUGAAUAGUGGCUAUGAUUUCCAGGGCUCCAUCGGUUUCCAGGAGUGCACACCUGAACAAUGCAAAGUCAGAUCAGAACACGUUUAACAAGUAAUCCGGCAAACAUGAAAACCUGCACUGUAUAAGGGAAAAGUAGAAACACUUUUUUUUGUGCCAUAAGCUUCAGCAGUAUCUCAACUCAUCAGAUUUCAGUCCUUGUGUGAAAACAGGAUAAAUCUGUCGCUCCCUGUUAUAUUUUCUUUAAAAUUGCAAUGUGCAGAGCUCUCUUUCUUGGUUCUUAAAUUAUUAAGCAAUGCAAAUCCCUUCCACACAGGCUUGCAUACUCUGUACAAAUAUUUUUGUAUUGUAUGCCUGGACACGCAACAUCAACAUUUUGCUUUCACAAGUGGAGACGAAGCUGCUCAAAGGGUAAAAUGGCCUCGUCCAUCCACCCAGCAAAGUAGGAAAAUAAUGUGUGUGUACCUGGUUUCGUUUCCAUGCAUUAUUGUACAAUUAAUUUUUCUUUAUGUUUGUUUAAGCAAAACAAAACAAAACCAAACAAACAAAAAAACUCUCAAAUUUUGCUAGCUUUAAACCCCAAACACUGUUCUGACUACUGGUGAGUUAUUGUCACAAUAAAAAUUCCUUUCCCCGAAGUCUGCAGUCUGCCCUGCAGCCUAUGCUGCUGUGUGUUAGGUGGGAGGGGCUAGAGAGAGAGCUGAUAUGGGCUCCCCUGGAAGAGGGGCUGGGACACUCCCAGGUGACAAGCUCCCCAGGGGCGUCCAGUCUUAGUACUCCAUGGUUAGUACUCCCACUAACUUAGUACUCCAUGGUUAAAACUCCCACUAACUGCCAGCCACAUCUCAGCUUCAUGGCUGUGAGCUCCUCGUCUCUUGCCGUCUGUAAAUCUAAUGCAUUUCCCAAGAAGUACUCGUAUUUUCAAAAUAAAAAUGUAAUGUGUUGUAAGAGAACAUGCAUGGUGUAUUUUGCCUUUCAGAAGAGUUCUGUUAAGAAUGACUUUUAUUUUUCUUGGCUUUCUUUAGCUUUAAAGUCUUUUAAAAAUAUUGGUCAGCCCUCACAUGGUGAAGGGAGUAUAUUGCUACCCUUUAUUCUGAGCUGAGAAAAAUCCUACGUGAAUAUUUCAUGAUAUUAAUACCUAACCCAAUUCUGUGUUUCUAUUAUUAGAAUCUUAAAAGGCUAAAGAAAAUAAAGUUAUCUUAAUUCUUA